AUGGGCGCGCUGGAGCCGGGCACCGGAGCCCCCCGGCCCGCCCCCCCCAUGCUCAGCACCGCCACCAGCUUCGCCAAGGAGCCACCGGGACCCCGGGACGCCGCCGCCGCUUUCUUCGGUGACGGGGGGGGACCGGAACCGGGAGCCCCCCCACUCCCCUACGGAGCUCCCGGCGGUUUUGGCGGUCGGUUCUUGGGGCCGUGCCCACCGUACCGGGCACCGCCGCCUCCCGCCGGGCCGGUGGAAGGUUACGCGGGUGCCGAGGGCGGUUUCGGCGGAGGGGGGGCCCCGCUGUGCCCCCCGCUCUGUGCCCUGCCCGGGUACCGGGCGGCCGGGAAGGUGCAGGUGAUGCUCAACAAUUACCAGCUCUGGGCCAAGUUCCACAAGCACCAGACCGAGAUGAUCAUCACCAAGCAGGGCAGGCGCAUGUUCCCCUUCCUCAGCUUCAACCUGUCGGGGCUCAACCCCGUGGCUCACUACAGCGUCUGCGUGGACGUGGUGCUGGUGGAUCAACACCACUGGCGUUACCAGGGUGGAAAAUGGGUGCAGUGCGGGAAAGCCGAGGGCAACAUGCCAGGGAACCGCCUGUACCUGCACCCCGAUUCGCCCAACACGGGCGCGCACUGGAUGAGGCAGGAGGUUUCCUUCGGGAAGUUGAAGCUCACCAACAACAAGGGGGCCUCCAACAACGUCGGACAGAUGAUCGUGCUGCAGUCGCUGCACAAGUACCAGCCGCGGCUGCACGUCACGGAGGUGAAGGAGGGCGAGGGGGAGGACGGGUACCCCACCCCGCACACCCACACCUUCGCCUUCCCCGAGACCCAGUUCAUCGCCGUCACCGCCUACCAGAACGCCGACAUCACCCAGCUGAAGAUCGACCACAACCCUUUCGCCAAAGGAUUCCGGGACAACUUUGACUCGAUGUACACGGCCUCGGAGAGUGACCGCCUCACCCCAUCCCCUCCCGAGGCUGCCGGCUGCCAGCAGCUCCUGCCAGCCCCGCGUUUCCAGCCCUUCCUACCCGAGCAAUACCCGCUGCCCCCGGGUCGAUUUUUCGGUGGGGACCGGGGGGCUGCGCUGCCCCUGCCCCCCAAAGAUCCGCCCCACUGGUACUUCCCCCCGCAGCAGCCCCCUGCCCCAGGAGCUCUGGAGUACGGUGGCUACGAGGGUGGCUACGGAGGGAGCAAACUGGUGCCCUAUGGGGUGAAACCCUUCGCGCUGCCGCCCACCCCACACCCGCCCCUACCCUAUUACCCCGAGGGGCCGGGGGGUUUUGGGGUGACGGGGGGCUGGAGCCCCGGGCAGUACGGCCCCAAGGGUGGUGCCGCGGCUCUGGGCUGGUACCGGGAGCCCCGUGAGGAGAAGGGGAAGGAGGUGGAGGGUUGGGCUACCGAGCCCCACGCUGCUGUGGUCUCGGGGGACUCGUCGGACUCGGGGCUGUACGAGUGCAAGCGGAGGCGAGUGUCCCCCUACCCCUCCAGCACCGAGAGCUCCCCCCCGCCCCGAAACGGCGACCUCUACGACAAGGACCCGGUCACCGAUGGGGGCUACUAUGGCUUCUACGGCAACUGA